UUUUUUUGACAAAUCGAAACUGCCGCAGUCGUGACAGGAAGACUUGUCAGUUUGUCCUUAAACUGUCUGACUGUCGGGGUUUUCUUCACGGGGAAAAUGCAGAACAGUGCUUACGGGGCCUCUUUGGCCGGUGGCGCCUUUGAUUUAGCGAACUUUCUAAAACAGCCUCAAACUAUUUUGCGCUUCCUGAGCUGGAUAUUCUCUAUCGUGGUUUUUGCAACCAUCACAGCCGAAGGCUACACCAACACGACGGAAAAAGCUGAAAACGAGUGCAUGUUCCACAACUCUGACAGUGCUUGCAGUUACGGGGUGGGAGUCGGAGUCUUGGCCUUCUUGGCUUGUGUUUUGUUCCUCAUGCUAGAUGCCUACUUCCCGAACAUCAGCAAUGCCAAAGACCGAAAAUACAUUGUAAUAAGUGAUCUUGCUUUCUCUGCGGUGUGGACGUUCCUGUGGUUCAUCUGCUUCUGCGUCCUGACGAGCCUGUGGUCCAAGACGACAAACGAACAAGUCGUGGCCGACGCUGCCCGAGGUGUCAUUGCCUUCUCCUUCUUCUCGAUCAUCACCUGGAGCCUCUUGACCUACUUUGCACUUGCAAGGUAUCGCCAAGGAGUGAAUGAAUUCGAGCAGGAAUACAGAGACCCAGCCAACGACCACAAUGCUCCUUACCAGAGCAGCCCCUACUCCAGCACCAGCGGGCCCUCUGGCUAUCAGCAGUCACCUUUCUCCAACACCCAGGAGACUCCAGGAGCGUAUCAGCCUCCAUCUUAUUGAAAGACUAAGAUUCAAAGGCAGGAAUCAAAUGAGGAAGUUUUUCUUUUUAAAUAUGUGUGCCAGUUGUUUCUUUUACAGAGCCGGACCGUUCUGUGCACUCCCCCUUCUGUUCCUGCUGAACACGUUUGGUUUUCUGGGUGCACUGAUAUCUUUUUAGUUUCCUGCAAUGGUGGAAGUUUUGCUGUAUGGCCACGCCUGAGUUGCCUUUGUACCAAAACCGCUGCAGAUUUUUCAGUGCCUCCUUUAGUUACUAUUGCGAGUGCAGUUUGCUGCUGUUCCUAUCAAAGCACUAAUUAUCAGAAAGGUUAGACUUAGUGUAGUUCAUUAGGAAAUCUGGUUUGCAUUGAAAAUUUUUACUGAAUAUGUAACUGUUCAGUAUUUACUUCAAUAACUGCAAUUCAAACAUACAGCUGAGUAUACUGCUCUUUCACCACAUUGCAAACUCAUAUUAUUCAAUUAGUUGGUAGAUCAGAAGUAUCGGAAGUCUAUAACUACUGUAAUGCCACGUGUUUGUGUCUUUUUAUUAAGUAAUCAACCACUAAAUAGGCUUUCAUGCACUGAAAAACUCAGUUUGUUUCUGUUUGACAUUUUAAUUUGUCACAUUCGUUUCUUUUUAUAGUUUGGCUUUUACAGGUGUUUUGAUUGAUUUGUAUUGGAUUCUUCUGUUGAAUUCUUUGCUUAGGAUUUUUAAAGUAAUCAAUGCCAUAAAUGUCUCAGCAUAGGUUUAGCAAUUCUUUGAUGUUGUGGCAAAUUUGGUAUUUAUUUUCUUUUUUAAUACUGUUAAAUUCAGGUACAUGACAAUCAAAUUGAAUCAUUCUCCACAUUCUUUUUCCCCCUUGCUUUUUCUUCUCCUCUGCACUUUUGCUUUGUCACCGCUUUGCAAAUGUUCCUCAUUAAAGUGCCUUGCACAGUGAUCCUGUAUCAGACGGAGUGUGCCAAAUAAAAACAGGUUUUAAAACUCUGA